AUGGCAUUCUUCGACACAAAGCUCUGUACGGCGAGACCUCCGUCGAAGGUUGUGCCUCUGAAGCGACGAAGGUCUCCUUCGCCCUCGCCCUCACGAGCCGUGAUGGGCUCCUCGACCAAGGGUUCAAAAGUCAUUCCAUUACGGCUACGGACCUCUAACCUUUUGGCAUUGAUGCCGGGCCUUUUACUCGAUGAGCAGCACGAAAACGUUCCAGCGUUUCAAGAGCCUUCAGAGUCGAAGAUGGCAGGGAAAUCGCAUCCAGACACUGAUGGAGGAAAGCUUGACUGCGCCUCCAGUCAGGAGGCAUUCAUUCGAAGCGAAGUCGACCACUCAGUCCCGACAAAGUUGACACACGGCAAGGGUGCGGCCACGGCGCGGUCGGACGGCUCCAUUCAAUUCGCGUCUGGCCUUGACGCUCCUUGCUUCCGACUCAGCGAGUUUCAGCCAUUCUCAAAUGAUGCUGCUCGAGACAUUUUGCUCAAACCCCCUCGAGAACCAGCAUUUGUGCCAGGCUGGAUGGACGAAGGAAGGCCGGCAUCUGACGAUUUCUACACCCAAAGAGAGCAGAGCUUGAACCAGAGACGGAGGUAUAGCGACAAAAACCAACUAAAUUUACAACUCAUACCAAAAGGGGACGACUUAGAAGGCGAAAACGUGUCUCUUCCGGUCAUGCGGUCCUGUAUUAAGCUCCCGGAGGUCAUCCAAGGCGUCAAAAGCAGAACAGGUCCCGUCAUUUCUCGCUUCCUAUCGAGUUUGGGUGAACCCAUGGAGACCACUUUGCCGAAUCUCCCUAUCUGGAAAUCAUGCCACGACGAGGUCCAUGAACCAGCAGAUCCCUGUCCUGUGGUGGGAGAGGAGGAUCGAAGUGAUCAAGCCGCAAUCAGGCCGCUGCAUGAUUCGUGGCCUUCUUCACCAACACCCGGGCUACCUUUGGCGGACUCGAACAACGCGCCAGGUCAAUCACCUCUCUCCUCGACAUCCGAUGGAGAAGGGUCACCAAUGUCACUGUGCUCGAUGCUCGAAGGCCCUUGUGUGGCACCGGCCCCCUAUCAAGGUGAAUUGGCUUUGUUGACUCAUGCAGCGACCUUGGCCUCCACUGGUAUCUCAGUCAAUUGGGGCGGUGAUCCUUCUGGGAUGAUCCCGUCAGCAGCGGAUGAAAUGGACGACGCCGUUCCGACAGUAGGGUCACUCUUCAAUCCGUCAGGCGUUAAGAGCUAUUACGGCUCCCCAAGGAAUAUAUCUCCUUAUUCGACCGCUCUUCUUCUAUCGGGCAUACAGGAGAGGAACGACGAGGAUCCGACCUACGAUACAAAACCCCUAGCAGGAAUGGAGAACGCACUGUUCCUUGAGGAUGAGCCUGGCGCUCCACUCCUCGGACAACUUUCUCACUCCGAAAUGCCCUCCAAAGUACAACUGCUCUGCGAAUAUUCGACAGUCGAGCAUGACCAACUGCUCGAAGCGUCACUAUCGCAGGUCGAGAGGUCGAAGCGAAGAUUUCUCGAAGCAAUACGAGCAACGACAUUGCCACAAAAGGAUACUCACACCACUAGCGUGGGUUCAAGUCCCUUGAGACGGCAAUUGUCACCAAACUCGCUCUCUUCAGAGGGGCAUGAAGACAGGAAGAUAUAUGAUCAAGACAAUAGAAGUCGGCCACAUUCUUCAACACUUGUAUUGGUCACUACCGCGCAGUGGGACGCACAACUUCCAUCGCCCGCCAACUCAGUCUUUGGCUGUGAUGAAGCAACACACCAAGAGUUGCAAAUGCCUUAUAACGUCGAUGCAAAUAGUCUCUUCGACGGAGACCUGACCGAUGAGGAGACCAGGAGCCACAUGGACGAGUCGAGCCUGACCUCGCUGUCUCCCCUCUCUAUGCGCAACGUUCCACUCCCCGUGACAAACGCACGAGAUCGUUCAGUGAAGGGUGGAAUAACUCAACUGCUUACACCAGCCUCACUUUCGCCACCUCCCACUUCCCGGAUCCCUGACCGGACCCAGGAUUGUAUGCGGUCAAUCGUGCCUAUGUAUACAUCAGCGAGGAAGCGAGUCUUGAUUCAAGAAAUACUGGAUGCUGGCAGCCAAUCAUCGACCAAGAUGGCUGCGUUUGCUCGGCUGCGUCGAAUCGGAAAGUCGAGCAACCUCUGCAUUGAGGGAGGCGCAUACAAUCCAUUUACCGGAAACACAGGCUCUAUCAAAAAGGAGACCGAGGAUAUCCUCGACCGCAAUACCCUGAUAGCCUUACGGCUUAUUCAAACCACUCGCUGA